AUGCGUAAAUUGCAGGGCUGUGCUGAGACUUCUCGAGUUGCAGGUGUUCAAAGGUUCAAAAGGGACACUCAGUUAUUUUAAUGUGAACCUGUACAUGAGCUUUAAAUAGGACAAAACGGACAGGUGCUCAGGCACCCCCGCACGUGUUUCAAAUGUUCAAAUAUUUCCAACAUGUUGGAAUUUGUUAGAAACGUUGUUUUUAUUAACAUAAAACUUAAAUCCAAAACAUACAAAACUUACUUAUUUCUGAGUUACAUUUGUUUGGGUCAAUUUUCUAAAAUCUUACAUUUUUGCUUUUUCUACCCCAUCUAUUGGACAGUGUUGUGGGGACUUUCGAAAGGCAAUGCAAAGUUGGAGGAGCAAGAUAAUGCAAACGGGGACUAUGGCGGAGCUGCGCUGGGUCCUGUUGCAUGUCCUCUUUGCUGCCUGUAUUUCUCUUCCGUUGGCUGUGACUUCUGGGGACACAGCAAAGCAGAAUGAUACAGCAUCUCAGCCGGCUGAGAUGGCAGCUCAGAUCGGACAGCCGGUCACUCUAUCCUGUCAGUUCAGUCACACUAAGAAGCUGAAUGCAGAAACAUUUGGGCAAUUCUACAAAACAAAGCCUGGGAGUACAGUUACUGGGAAUGUAACUUUAAAGUGCAGGCCACAUAUCACCCAAGAAACAAUGUCUCUUUGUGAGCUUACUCAAAAAAUAAAUCAAACCAGUCUUGAUGAUGAAGGUAUGUAUUACUGUGAGAUCAUAAUAAUAAGCGCUGAAGAGAAAAAGACAUUCACAGGCCCUGGGACUAAACUUUCCCUUUAUGCUGCACCCUCAGUAGAAAUCUUCCACCCCCCUCUCCUGUUGUCUGGACACCACGUUGAACUGACUUGCAACGCUUCUGGGUUCUACCCUCAGAACGUCUCAGUGUUCUGGCUCCACAGGGGCCUCCCGCCACCUGCCAGCAUGAUUCACACUAAAAUCCAGCGUGAUAGUACUGGCACUUACAGUCUGCAGAGCCAGUACGGGUUCGAUCUUGUACAGGAAGACCAUAACACAGAGUGUCUCUGUCAGGUUUCUCACCCAGACUGGACUGUGAAGAACAGCUCAGCCAUCAUUCUCAAUGUCAACUAUGGACCCACUUCUGUGUCCGUGACCAGCUCAGCUCCUGAGAGCAAUGGCUCCGUGUGGGCCGAAGGAGGCUCCUCUGUGACCUUUGUCUGUGCUGCUGAUGGGAACCCCAUGCCUGACAUUAGGUGGCUAUGGGGAAACUUAUCAAAGUCACAUGGAGGAGACACGUUACUCAUAGCUAAUGUGCAGAAGAAAGAUGAGGGGCUUUACAUUUGUGUGGUGUGUAACCAGUACGGAGAGGAGAAUACCAGCAUGCACUUACAGGUGUCAGAAAGGACCUGGACUGGAAGGCUUUAUCCUCUCUACAGCUUGGCCAGUGUCUUUGUAGUCCUCCUUGUAGCUGUCAUCUUUGUGGCAUGGAGGAUGAAGAAAAAGGCACCUGGAACUCACUGUCCGCACAGUCGAGCACCUAUCUCAGAGGAAUCCGUCACGCAUCAAGCAAUCUAUGCUGUGCCAGAUAAGAAGAGAAAAAGACUUCAAGGGCACGGGGAAGUUUUGGAUGAAUCACAUCUUAUAUACACAGAGAUCAUGGCACCUGCUCCAUCCAGAAAUGUGGAAAGCGCGAACUCUAUGUCCUUAUACAGUGUGAUAGGGGCCAAGAGACAAAACCAUCCCGGGGUUCAACAGCAGCACACAGAGGGAGUGAGCAGUGUUUACGUUCUGGCUGAAAGUCCAAUGAGUGACCUGUGGAGACAACAGGAACCCGCCAGUCCCUUCCAAACUUUUUCUCACUACUGACCAGUUAAAAAACAACCCCUGCCCCCCAAACUGCUUCAUGCUUCCCCUUCAAAUGUGAAAUUAAAACAAACCUUAUGUUUGUGUUUAUUUGAGGAGAAAUGAAAAGUUGUUCAAAAAUGUUGUUAAGUGGAAGAUGGCAGAAGAAACAGAUGCCAAAACACACAGUUUGCGCAGUAAAAACUUUCACGUUUGUAUGCAUCAUUGUAAACAUUAUUUUCACGUUGUAGUUCAAUGGUAUAUUUACAAAUGCAAAUAACUAGCAAUAUGGAAAUAAAAGGACUAGUGAAAUGCAAGGUGCUGCGCUGAAGAGCCGCAGACACAAUGAGGUGGGGGCCGCUAUUCACAGACGUAACAUACGGGGCUCAGCGCAGCCUCCAGGCCUGACCACAUCAGAGCACUGGCCUUCAGCUGUGAACAAUCACUAAAUAAAUGUGCCAAUGUACAGAUAUUUACAGAGAAUACCAAGGAGUGCACAAUUUUGGAUUUGUGCCACUUUGGAAGUGGUUUUAUCCAUCCAUCCAUCCAUCCAUCACAUCCAGGGUCUCCCCUGCUUCAUAUAAUAGAGUCUAUGCUCACCGUGACGAAUACUCAGAUUCCAUACGCUGUCCCAUUUCUAAUUACAGAAGAAAACCUACUUCAUACAUUUAUUUAAUCUCUGCAAGCACACGAAGAUCAACUGGUUUAGGUAUUUUACUCAGAAUGUUCUCACCAUUGAGAACCUGUGGAGAUACUGUUAACAUUGUCCAGAAACUGCCUGAAAUUCAUGUAUUUUCAUUAAUGUUGCGUGUUAUGGUCGGGAAUUAAAGUAGGGAAAAAACCAACUUGACGUUCUUUUGUUAGGUUUUUCCCCCCAACAUGGACUUUAUAAAUAAGCCUAAAUUGUACCUAUGCCUUUUUUGCCUACUCAUAGUGAAAUCAUAUAUUGACGACUGGAUUAAUAAAAAAAGCAACGCAAAUGCGCACGUAAUCGGAAAUGUUACAGCCAGCCCACACGGUGUCUCCUUGAAAUAAUUCCCCCGACAACACACUUGGGUUCCGCUAGGAGAUAUGAAAACAAAAGAUUAGGUUUGAUGUUGCACUGGUAUUUCUUUUCUUCUUUAACAAAAUAAACGCUACUUUAAAACACUGA